AUGGCGAUGACGCCGAAGCUGCACUUGCAUAUUGAGGAAUACAUCGAUCAUUAUAACGCCACACCUGCGAUUGCUUUCACUAACUAUCUGCGUUUGUUGUUCCUCCUUUACUUGGGACGAUCUACUAAUGAAUUUCCAGCCGAUGAGAAGCAUAUAUUCUCAAACGAGAUAAAGCGAUACCUUGAAGGCAAGGUCGCUCCAGGACCUUCCUUACGGUCCGGUGCUACUAGAGAAUUCCCGAGCGAAAACAUCACCCGUAUGAACGAGGAAGAGGGAAUAGCGGAUCGCCUAGCAGCUUCAAAUAGCUUUUUACGUGCAUCAAUUGGCCUCGACACGUACCGCUACCUAUGGGCAGGCCGGUUGAUCCCCUGGCUUAGUGCCUUUCACUGGUCUAAUCUUUUCAUGAUCCUCGCUACUUAUAUGCUUGAUGUCGGAAAAAUCUCGGAACAUGAGGUGCAAAUUUCGGAGAAAAUGCAGGAUUUCCCUUUGGCUUAUCUUAAAGAUUCAGAUACCGCCAACACCACGGUGGGCUCGUCUGCCUUUGAUUCUAGGGCACCCAAUGGGGGACUAAUAAUCAGUUUGGUAACGGUUUAG